AUGGAGAUGCUGAAGAACUCUGUGGCUAUGCAAGAGCAGGUCCUGGCCUGCAAGGGCUUCCUGGUCAUCGGUUACACCCUGGAGAAGUCUUCCAAGGUGCAUGUUACUCGGUCCGUGCUGGACAUCGUGCUGGCCUUCGCCCGUUACCUCAGCAACCUGCAGAACGGCGUCCUGCUGCUCAAGCAGCUGUGUGACCACAUCCUGUUCAACCCUGCCAUCUGGAUCCAUGCCCCUGCCAAGGUGCAGUUGGUGUUGUACACUUACCUGUCCACCGAGUUCAUCAGCACGGUGACCAUCUACAACGCCAUCCGCAGGGUGGGCACGGUGCUGCAGGUCAUGCACACGCUCAAGUACUACUACUGGGUCGUCAACCCCCAGGACCGCAGCGGAGUCACGCCCAAGGGCCUCGACGGUCCGAGACCCAAUCAGAAGGAGAUCCACUCUCUCAGAGCCUUUCUGCUGCUGUUUGUGAAACAACUCAUAAUGAAGGAUUACGGAGUGAAGGAAGAUGAGCUUCAGAGUAUUCUCAACUACCUGCUCACCAUGCAUGAGGACGACAAUCUAAUGGAUGUGCUUCAGCUGCUGGUGGCUCUGAUGUCGGAGCAUCACGGCUCCAUGGUGCAGGCCUUUGAUCAGCGCAACGGAGUACGGGCCAUUUACAAGCUGCUGGCUUCCAACAGUGAAGGAAUCAGAGUUCAGGCACUCAAAGUCUUGGGCUACUUCCUCAAACACUUGCCCGCUAAGAGGAAGUCAGAGGUCAUGCUGGGUCACGGGCUCUUCUCCCUGCUCAACGAGCGACUGCUGCUCCACUCCAACCAGUUCAGCAUGACAACCUACAACGUGCUCUUCGAGAUCCUGACCGAGCAGAUCUGCACUCAAGUGAUCCAUAAACAGCAUCCGGACCCCGACUCCAAUGUGAAGAUUGUCAACCCGCGUGAAGAGGUCCUGAAGGUGAUCGCUGCCCUGCUGAAGAACUCUCCCCUCUCCCCAGAGAGCAUGGAGGUGCGCAGGGUCUUCCUGUCAGACAUGAUCAAACUGUUCAAUAACAGCAAAGAUAACAGGAGGAGCCUGCUGCAGUGCUCGGUGUGGCAGGAUUGGAUGCUCUCUCUGUGCUUCAUCAACCCCAAGAGCAGCGAGGAGCAGAAGGUCACUGAGAUGGUGUACGCCAUCUUCCGCAUCCUGCUCUACCACGCCAUCAAGUACGAGUGGGGCGGCUGGCGCGUGUGGGUGGACACCCUGUCCAUCACCCACUCCAAGGUGACCUUUGAGCAGCACAAGGAGAACCUGGCCCGUAUGUUCCGUCAGUACCAGAGACUGGGCUCCGAGGGCGAUGCAGCUGGUAUCCGGACCAUUUCCGGGGCCAGCCGAGACUCUGAGAUUCUGGGCCAGCUCCGGACCAACAGGGAUCAGGGGGAGGAGACUGCCCCCUCCACCGUGAUCGAGCUCACCAUUGACCCAGAGGGGGUGUCCCAGAACCAGGAGUCCCCCAACACUACCCCUCCCUCAGCAACCUCAGCAUCUGCUUCCACCCCCAGCCCUCCAGAGAGAGAAGGAGAUAGAAGUCAGAGGGGUCAACCACCCAUAACUGUGUCCAACAUGCUGGCCAGAGCUGAAGAAGAGGAGGAGGAGGAACUACAGCAGGUCCAGAAUCAGAUCUCUGAGGAUCAGAGAGGAGGUGCUGGUGACAGAGCUGAAGCUACUCCACAGAAGACUGAAGCUAAACUUACUGGGGAUAAAGUCAGCAGUAAGACUGUUGAGGCCAUGGCUGAGACUGAGACAGCCACAGACAAGACUGAUGAAGCUGCAGCAGCAAGCACAGCUGAAACAGACGAAGCGACCAGGCCAGAAACUGAAGACGCGAAGGUGGCUAAGACAGAAACAAGCGCCGAUGCUAAAACAUCUGAUACCGACAAAGUAGUAAGACCUCAAACGGAUGGAGAGAAGGGGUCAGAAACGCACAGCUGCAAAGCCUCCCACGUUCUUAUGUCUGAAGAUUCCCUGAACGAACCCAAGGAACCGGAACUGGCAAAGCAACCGGAGGAACAGGUCUCUGCUGCCAUCUCGGCCUGCCAGCAGGGGUCAGCGGUCGGGGCAUCUGUCCAGUCAGUCAGUGACCAGGUCCGACCCAGCUCCACCGACGACAGCAUGGAGGAAUCCUCUUUUGUCUCCGCCGCUGGUGGAGAGGACCAAGAAAAGGAGGAAGAGGAGAGUCGGACACAACCCCCUAAAAUGGAGGAGAUUGACCUUGACCCGUCUGCACCAGGCACCGACCCCACCAGCACAGAGCCAGCACGGCAGCCUUUAGAGUCCACAACAUCGCCCCCUACAGCCCUUGAGGCCAUACUACCACCAGCAGCAGUCGGGGCCACUGUCUCUAAAUCUGACACCUCACAGGCUGUAGCACCAGCAGAGGCCCCCAGCACCAAGGCGGUCCAGCCAGAAGCCCCACAGGCCUCAGGGGCCACAGAGGCCCCCAGCAGCAGGACUGAAACCUCUCCGAAAGUAGCCACUGCUACUGCUGUGGGAGGCAGGAAAGACAGUGCUGCAGAGGGCCCUGGCUCUGCCACUAAGACCAAAGAGAUCCACAUUGCCAGGCUGGAUGUGUCCAGUGUGGCCUCAGACACAGAGAGACUGGCGCUAAGGAGACCUCUCCACACCUGCAUGUCAUCACUGCUUCAUCUAUUUACUGAUCUUGUGUCUUUCACGUUCCUCAGGGCGAAUGCUGCUGCAGCCGUGCCUCAGAGGCCAGCCAGCGAGCAGCCUCUCCGCCGCUCCACCAUGUUCCGUAUUCCAGAGUUCCGUUGUCACUCCACUAAGACGGUGAUGGACUUUGUGAACAGCAGUGAGAAUGUGGUGUUUGUCCACAACACAGUGCACCUCAUCUCUCAGGUGGUGGACAACCUCAUCAUGUCCUGUGGAGGCAUCCUGCCCCUGCUUUCUGCUGCCACAUCCUCCUCACAUGAUCUGGAGAACAUUGAGCCGUCCCAGGGUCUGUCGGUGGAGGCCUCGGUCACCUUCCUGCAGCGCCUCAUCAACCUGGUGGAUGUUCUGAUCUUCGCCUCCUCCCUCAACUUCACCGAGAUCGAGGCUGAGAAGAACAUGUCCUCAGGCGGUAUCCUCAGACAGAGCCUCCGUCUGGUGUGUGCCAUGGCUGUGAGGGACUGUCUGGAAUGUCAGCAGCAGUCUCACUUCAAGCCCAGCCAGGACAGAGCCCGCGGCCAGCAAGCAGUGCACAGCCUCAUGGGAGCUGCCAAGUCCAUGCCCGCGCAGAGCCCUGUUGAUGUUGUGACAGGAAGGAUGUCUCCCAUCAGAGACAUGGACCGUCUGCUACAGGAAAUGGACAUCAACCGCCUCAGAGCCGUGGUCUUCAGAGAUAUCGAGGACAGUAAGCAGGCUCAGUUCUUGGCCCUGGCUGUGGUUUACUUCAUCUCUGUUCUCAUGGUGUCCAAGUACCGAGACAUCCUGGAGCCCCAAAACGACAAGAAACUCCCCCAGCGCAGCCAGUCUGCCAGGAGCGCAGACAGUAAUGCUGUCUCUGGCGGUCCCGACCUGGAGAGCAGUGUGUCCCUCCGUCGCCGAGACUCUGGCAUCGGGGAUGACCAUAGCUCCGUGGCCCCCAGCGAGGCGGACACCACCGCCCAGGGGCCCGACGCCGUGUCCGAGGCCCUGUCCACCCUCUCCUCAGAGGUCAGGGGUCACAGAGACAACCCCACGGCGGACGCCAGGGGCGGGAAGAACGUGAAGGACAUCCUGCGCAGCCUGGUCUCGGCGCCUGCUGAUGACAUCAUGGUGGACCCCAGCCUUCUGCCGCCGGCCUUCCUGGAAGCUGCUAUGGGAAACAACCCCAACCAGUUCAGAUCCUUUGACAGAAGUGUUCGGGUGGCGCCCAAGAAGGUGGGCGGGGCUCCGUCCCCAGGCUCCUCCACUCCUGUCCCAUCAGCCACCGCUGCUGUGGGGGCCGCCGGGGACACCAGUCAACAACGUUGCCGUGGUUUCCACGGGCGAUGCCUCCCAGAGCACCACCGCUGAGGCUGCAGCCGGAUCAGCCAGCACCAACCUGCCAUCUGUCCCCACGCUGUCCCCAAUGACCCGGGACACAGCCCCAG